UUUUCAAAGGGGGAGUGUUGUGAAUUUACUGUCAUUCAUGUUUACAUUGUUAGCUAAUAUAACUUCAUUACUUCAGAACAAUAAGCGAAUUCAUUAAUAGUUCUUGCAGUGUUAUGCUUCAAAAUGGCAAAAAAGAAUAAAUCAAAAGCUGCCAAAAAGAAGUUGGCUUGUAAGUCUGCGCUAAAGAAGCAAGGCAAGGAGCAAAACAAGCCUUCAAAAGCUGGUACCAUUCCGUCAGAUCCGGUUUUAAUUGAUGAGGAAUGUGUUAAUGAUACAGGCAUCGAUGUAAAUGAUCUCGACGAUAUUAGCUUGGAAAAUACAGAAUCAGCCGAUGAUUUAGAUCCACACAAGAUGCAGUUGGACUCUAUUGCCACAAUGACAACGCGUGUUGACGAUCACAUAAUGAUGAUUACUGCUGUACAAAAACAGUUGUCCGAACUACAAAUUAAGCAAGUUCAAUUACUUGAUGGAUGCGUUAAUUUCUUCCAGGAGUUACAGGGGUUUCAGAGCGAAAACGAGGAGGAAGAGAAACUGGUGCUUGAAACCUUUUUGGAACUAAAAACUAAGGUUAAAAUUGUUUUUAAGCAUUAUUUACCCACACAGAUAGAGAUGUUGGAACGCGACAUGAAGCUCCUUCAAUUAAAUAAAAAUUAGAAACAUUAAUUCAUGUUUAACAAUUGUU